CAAAUUUCUGGAGUGUACAUUUAAGAGAAACUGUUCUAUUUGAAGCUGGAAUUUCGACCAUUUGUUCAUCAUUCGUAAAUCCAGCAUUCAUUGAAGUUGGAAUUGGUGCUGUUACUAGUAGGUUAAUUCAAAGAAUGACUAACAAUAAAGAAAUAGCCGUAAAAGGUUUUGAUUCUGAGCAAACCUCGAUUGAAGAAAUAAUCGGAAACUGUUGGGCUAAUGGAGUAGAAAUAAACUGGAUUAAAUAUUAUGAAUCCGUUGCUCCUGCAAUGAUAAACACUCAACUUGUCAGAUUACCAUCAUAUCCAUUCAAACGCAAGAGCUAUUGGGUUGAUCAAUUCAAACAAGCUGGUCAUAGAUUUAUGAAGGAUCUCACGAUUGAAGACAGAGUUGUUAACUGCUUCAAGAAGGUUUUGGACCAGGAAGAAGUUUAUCCUGAUAAUAGCUUCUAUGAACUCGGUGGUGAUUCUCUUUUAGGAUUAUCUCUACUUGCAGCAUUAAAGAGGGAGUUUGGUAUUCACCUAUCAACCCCAAGUAUUAUUGUUACUUAUCCAACCCCCACUACUAUGGCUAAAUUUAUUCAAGAAAACAUGAACAAUGAAUCAGCUCAACCAACAUUGGUAACUCUCAAUCCUGGUGACAAAAAUUUCAAGAACUCGAUUUACGUAAUACAUCCAAUUGGAGGAUCCUGCGCCAUUUACAAAGAUAUGGCAUCAUCAUUCGGAAAGAUGCCUGUUUAUGGGUUUGAAUAUCCAGGAAUUGGCUCCUCUAACAUGAAGUAUCUUUCCGUCCAAGAGCUUGCUCAAGUUUAUCUUAAAGAACUAUUGAAAGCGAAUCCAAAUGGUCCUUACAAUCUAUUAGGAUCUUCCUUUGGUGGUGCAGUUGCUUACGAGAUGGCAUGUGAACUAAUAAAACAAGGAAAAACCGUAACUUCUCUGACAAUGGUGGAUUCUCCAAAUAGCAAAUAUAUGCCAAAAUCUUUAGCGAAUGCCUCAGAAAUUUUAGACUACAUGUUCUCUGAAACAUAUGAACUUGAUGGACUGAUAGGUCUAGAUGAUGAAAAAGCAUUACAACUGGUUGUUGCAAAAGCCUCAAAAUCAAGCUCGAAAGGCUCCGCAAUAUCAGCAGAUAUGUUGAAAACAUUUGUUGAUGUUGCCAAACUAAAUUUAAGAGCAUUAAAAGAAUAUGAAUUGCCGAUAGCUAAAAAACCAAUGAACGCUUUAUUCUUCAAAGCCAUGAUCAAGAGAGAAGAAUAUGAUGCUACUUCCCCAGAAAACGCUUGGAAAGAAGUUGUUGACGGUUGUGGUGGACGAUUCGAAUGUAUCGAAUUAGAAGGAACUCACAAUGGAUUAAAUCGAUCGCCUAUAUGUGAAAAGAUUUCACAUCUUGUUAGACAACGAUUAUUCACUAGAAGAGUUUUCUAA